AACGUUACAUUCACAAGAAGGAUUGCGGCUCCUCGGUUCUGAAAGGGAUCCGGUUGACAGAGUAAUGUUCUGCCACACGAAAUUUUAGGAGUACCCGAAUGAAAGAGCCGUGAUUGGAACUGAAAUCGGAACAUUGUUUUGUGGGAGAGCAUUCGUCCCGAGUGGAAAGGAAAUCAGUGCUUGCAUUUUAACUGUACUGUUUGAAGACAGUGCACACACAAGUAUAGACUCGGAUCCACCUCGUAGACACCUUUUUUUUGGCGACGCUUUUUCUGCGUUGCAAACCUGUCCUUACCUGCCUGGGUUCUGAUUGCUUGCUCAGUCGUUUCUAGGAACACCCGCUCGCUUUUUUUUCUACCGCUGAAACUGCAGUCUGUCUAAGGGAGAGCGGAAUCCGUCGACGUCAUUUAAAGGGAUUAUCGUUGUUUGUAUCUAGCUAGCCAUAACUGUCUCUGACUCCGGUUUGCGUGUCUCUAAUCAAGCGUAUAGUCCAGGAGUUUAUCAAUAGAUUCAUAUCGUUGGACCUACAAAUACAGGAGGCGCCAGAACUCGUCGUAAAGCUUCUCCGAACCCUCAACUACAACCAGAUUUGGACGCGUACAAGUUUCUGCAGCUGACAGGAAAAGGGAACCGAGCAAAAUGCCACUCGCACAACUAGCAGACCCCUGGCCUAAAAUGGAGCUGGUCCAACUGGAGACCGAGAAUGGCCAGAGCACCACGGAGGACGGAGUCACACCUGCAGUCAAGGACAGAUCUCACAUUACCUGGGUAGAGAAGGAUUUUGCCAAAGUAAAACCCAAGGACGAUGAUGUCAUCAAGGAGAUCAACAUCACGCAUGUGGUCAAGGAGGGUGCGGAAAAAGCCGACGCCUCUCAGUUUGAGCUCCUCAAAGUGCUGGGACAGGGCUCCUUUGGGAAGGUGUUUCUGGUGCGUAAAAUCACCCCUCCCGACAGCAGCCAGCUGUACGCCAUGAAGGUGCUGAGGAAGGCCACGCUGAAAGUGAGAGACCGUGUCAGAACUAAGAUGGAGAGGGAUAUCCUGGCCGAUGUCAAUCACCCGUUUGUCGUCAAGCUCCACUAUGCAUUUCAGACUGAGGGGAAGCUGUACCUCAUUCUGGAUUUCCUCAGAGGAGGGGACCUGUUCACCAGGUUGUCGAAGGAGGUGAUGUUCACAGAGGAAGAUGUGAAAUUCUACCUGGCAGAGCUGGCGUUGGGACUAGACCAUCUACAUGGCCUGGGCAUCAUCUACAGAGACCUCAAACCUGAGAACAUUCUGCUGGAUGAGGAGGGACACAUCAAACUCACAGACUUUGGCCUGUGCAAGGAAGCCAUCGACCACGAGAAGAAGGCCUACUCCUUCUGUGGUACGGUGGAGUACAUGGCUCCUGAGGUGGUGAACCGGCAGGGUCACAUCCACAGCGCCGACUGGUGGUCUUUCGGGGUACUGAUGUUUGAGAUGCUGACCGGGUCACUGCCAUUCCAAGGGAAAGACCGGAAGGAAACCAUGAACCUCAUCCUCAAGGCCAAACUGGGCAUGCCCCAGUUCCUGAGCACGGAGGCACAGAGUCUCCUUAGAGCCCUCUUUAAGAGGAACCCCGCCAACAGGCUAGCGUCUGGUCCUGACGGGGCAGAGGAGAUCAAGCGGCACUCCUUUUUCUCCACCAUAGACUGGAAUAAACUGUUUCGGAGAGAGAUCAAGCCCCCUUUCAGGCCGGCAGUGGCACGGCCCGACGACACCUUCUACUUCGACUCCGAGUUCACCUCCCGCACCCCGAAAGACUCCCCCGGUGUUCCUCCCAGUGCUGGCGCUCAUCAGCUGUUCCGUGGAUUUAGCUUUGUUGCCACGGCGAUGCUGGAGGAGGAGGGGGUGGAAGAGGUGGUCCAGGCCAAGCCUCACCCUGUGGUGCAGCAGCUUCACGGGAAGAACGUAAUCUUCAGCGACGGCUACGUGGUGAAGGAGGACAUCGGCAUGGGUUCGUACUCCGUGUGCAAACGCUGCGUACACAAAAGCACCAACACGGAGUACGCCGUCAAGGUGAUUGACAAGACAAAGACCGACCCGACAGAAGAGAUAGAGAUUCUGCUGAGAUAUGGUCAACACCCCAACAUCAUCACCCUAAAGGACGUGUAUGAUAGCGGGAAGCAGGUGUAUCUGGUGACAGAGCUGAUGAGGGGCGGGGAGCUCCUGGACAGGAUUCUCAAGCAGAAGUCUUUCUCUGAGCGUGAGGCCAGCGCUGUCCUCUACACCAUCACCAAGACUGUGGAGUACCUGCACUCUCAGGGGGUGGUGCACAGGGACCUGAAGCCCAGUAAUAUCCUGUAUGUGGACGAGUCGGGGAACCCCGAGUCCCUGCGGAUCUGCGACUUCGGCUUCGCCAAGCAGCUGCGCGCCGACAACGGGCUGCUCAUGACGCCCUGCUACACCGCCAACUUCGUGGCCCCCGAGGUACUGAAGAGGCAGGGGUAUGAUGAGGGCUGUGACAUCUGGAGUUUGGGGGUCCUGCUCUACACCAUGCUGGCUGGAUUCACGCCAUUCGCCAACGGCCCAGAGGACACGCCCGACGACAUCCUCAGCCGAAUCGGGAGUGGCCGCUUCACGCUGAAGGGCGGGAACUGGGACACCAUCUCGGACAGCGCCAAGGAGCUGGUGUCGAAGAUGCUGCACGUCGACCCUCACCAGCGGCUGACCGCCAUGCAGGUGCUGAAGCACCCCUGGAUCGUCCACCGCGACAAGCUGCCCAACAGCCAGCUCCAGCACCAGGACCCCAAGCUCGUCAAGGGGGCGAUGGCGGCCACGUACUCGGCGCUGAAGAGCUCGGUGCCCACGCCGCACCUGAAGCCCAUCGAGUCGUCCAUCCUGGCCCAGCGGCGGGUGAAGAAGCUGCCCUCCACCUCCCUGUAGAGUGACGCAGAAACCGCCAGACCCGCGCCGUCCGGGCCAGCGUUGCCAUUGGCUCCCUCCUCUGACCGGAGCGCCGCGGGCAGCCAAUCACAGUGGGCCGAGAUCAAGACGUGACUUCGGGGGGGUGGGGGUGGGGGUAGGGGGCGGGGGAGCAUCUACGAUUGCAGAACUUUUUCGACUAGAGGCGUGCGCGCGUGUGUGUGUGUGUGUGUUUGCGUGCGUGCGUGUACGUGUGUGUGUGUUCGGCUGCAUUUGUAUGGCUGCGUGUGUCUGCAUGCGUGUGUGCGGUACAUGCACGCGUGUUUGCGUGCGUAUUAGACAGUGACUGCGCGACAGUAAAAGUAAUUAAAAGAAUACAUUUAAAAUGUCUGGCAUGGGCAUUCUGCUCACCACACUGGAGGACAGUGCGUUUGGCAUUGUUAAUAUCUGCUUCUUUAACGAGACUGCAAUAUUUUGUCGUUUGAAAGCCAGCUGCACGUCUGUGUGUUUUAGUAUCCCCCCCCCCCCCCUUUUUCAAAUUGAUCAGCUUUAAGUGUUUGUACCGCUAACUUUAGGUUUACUUGCACCUGCUCCUAACCUAUGGGGGGGUAUGUCCGUUUAUUGCAUCAUGGCUAUCUCCUCGCUGUUUGGUUGCCAGGGAAACCAGCGUCCUCCAGGUAGCCUUGGCGGGGGAAUACGUGCACGGCGGACAUCGUUAUCGAAUCUCCUUUUUACGGAGCUGUCGGGCGAACUCGUUCAGCUUUUUUGGUUCUUCGGAGAGGAAGCGGUCACUGUUGCAUGAUGGGAAACUGAGUCUUAAGAAAGGAAAGACGUGUUGAAGACUUGAUUUGUGCGUAGUACAUCUUUACUUUAUGUUCACCCUCUGUUGCUAUUCUCACAAUGCUGGCUCUCACAAUUGACAGUUUAAAACGUGUUCAGUAUUUUUGAUGUAAAAAAAAGAAAAAAAAAGAAAGACAGACAGAAAAAAUAAAAAGUAAAUAUAUAUAUAUGUAUAUGCUAGAAAGACCUGACCUUGAGUCAUGCGUUGGAGAUUUCUUUUGGAAAUUUUGCGUUUGCAUUUAACGUUGUUGAAUUUCGUUGCUUUUUGUUUCUUGUCUCGUUCUUGUUCUGUUUUUUUAUUUUUUUGUUUUCUUAUGCAUGUAAUGCAUCGAUAGAAUGCUUAUCUGUAACAGCAGACAGGAUAAUCAUAGUGAAAUAAUGGUGGGGUUUUUGUUUUUUUGGGUGUUUUUUUGUCUCUUACACUUUUCUGUGUGUCAAUGUCAAGUAGUGUGGGAGCUGGCUGAUUGUAACCUCAAAUGCACUCCUAAUCAUCUGUAAAAAUAAAAUAAAAAACAAAAAGAAAUUUAUUUAAAAAAAAGAAAAGAAAAAAAAGAUUUUUCAGUACCUUAAAGGGACAUACAGACCAUGUUGCUGGCGCUUGUUGGUCUGUGUUUCGGUCGCCAUGGUGAAUGUCAGUCACAGCACACCUCCCCAGCUUUACUGCGUUUCGGGGCAAAAUCGUUCUCGGGUUUGGACAGCGAACCAAAGAGGGCAACAUUACACUGUUCAAAAGGAACUGGAGAGCCAGAGUCAUCCAACCACACCCCCUUAUCUCUGUCAAGACCCAAAACAAAGCAAAAAAGGAGGGGGGGGGGGGGGGCUUGAGUUGGUGAGUUGAGUUGGUCGACACUGACAGAUUAAAUGGUCACCAAUGUGGGGCGGAGCCUCUGGGUUGACAGUUGACACCGUCGCCAUGCAUACCUGGAUCGCCAGGCUCUCCUCAGCCAAUUACCAUUCUGUGCAUUUCAACCAAUCAGCACUGUGCCAUGGACAGAGCAGUAGCACUGAAAUGGACGGUGUCCUGGAGUUCAAAACCUUUAUAGUAAGUGUACAUGGAUCAGAAGGAGAAAAUGCCGCCAUGUAGAGGUUUUUAUAUAUAUAUAUAUAUAUAUAUAUACGUAUGAAAGUAUAAGGAUCGGUAAAUGUUGACUUGGCCCAAGAUUCCUUUUGGAUGCUUUAACUGUUCCUUCCUCUUUUCUCCUCUUGGGUUUUCGGUUUUUGGUUUUUUUUUUGCACGAACCUUCUUGUUAUCUUUCGUCUUCUUGUAAGAAGUUAUUUUAAAAAAUGGUGACUGGUUACGGACUCUUUUUUUUGUUUUGUUUUGUUUCUUUGUUUUUCUUUCCUCUUUUUCUCCUCACUGUUCUGCUGGUUAUAAUCUCUGGAAGUCGUUCUUGUUUGUGAUUUUUUCUUACUCUGGAGCUGUUACUUAUUUGGAUGUAUUUGAACAGGACUGUUAAAAAAAGAAAAGCACUUCUCUGUGUUUUUUUUCUCCUUGGUUUGUGCCCAUUGUGUUUAUCAUGUCAGCAGUGUUGGUUCUGGUUAUGGCUUUGUGCGUAUGUGUGUGUGUGUGUGUGUGGUGUUGCCAGGGAGAAGGGUUUUGCUAGGGGGGGGGAGAGAGCGACCGGUGAUGUUCACCUUUGCUCACUGCUGUUAUUCCAGAGGGUCGAUUGACCCUGAAGAUGCCUUUCUAUUAAAAAAAAGCUUUCUUUCCUCUGA